ACUUGAGUUGAGAGCAAAGCUAGAGUUUACCAAACAAGGGGAAGGCAGAACAAAAUAACUGAUGUUACUUUGAACCUCCAAUAUAAGAAAUUGUUGAGGUUAUGGAAUGGGAACUAUGAAUUAUAAAUGUGACACGUGGUAACUCGCGAGGACAUUUAUUGUGUGGCUGAACCUCUGACUUCAGUGGUGAGUUUUGUGUUUUUCAGAUCUAUUGGGGCUUAAUAAGUCCUUUAAACAUCCAUUACCACUCUCAAAGACUGAACAUAAAAUCCUGCAACGUGGACCAUGAGGGCAGAGAGUUUAUUACUAAUACUCCAAUGCCUGCUUGGAUUUGUGCACUAUAGUGGAGCCUUAUCAACUUGCAAUCCUCUAGAUUUGGAACUGAUAAAGAGAAAGCGCAUUGAAGCUAUUCGAGGGCAGAUCCUCAGCAAGUUGCGAUUACAUAAGGAACCAGAAUUGGAUGAUGAAGCAGAGGCAGAAAACAUUCCUGUAGAACUCAUAUCAGUCUACAACUCUACCGUGGAGCUAAGUGAAGAGCAGACCACUGAUCCUGUACUCUCGCCUGUAGAAGAAUCAACAGAGGCUGAAUACUAUGCUAAAGAAGUUCACAAAUUCACGAUGAAACAGAUGUUUGACAACCCAGAAAAGCUCUUAUGGUUCAACAUCACAGAGAUGAAGCUCACAUUGGGUUCAGAGCGCAUGAUCACCCAGGCAGAGCUCCGUCUGCGCAUCAAGGAUCCAAAAAUAGCUCCUGGUUCCGAGCAGAGACUGGAGAUGUACCAUGGCACUGGGGACAUGGCUCACUACCUGGGAUCACGCUACAUUUCCAAUGAACUGGCCAACAAGUGGCUGUCCUUUGAUGUGACUAAGACCUUGAAGGACUGGUUGGUGAAGCCAGAGGAGGAACAAGGAUUUCAGGUGAAGUUGCACUGUGGUUGUGAUAAGCCUCAGUCUGAUUUUCAAUUCACAAUAGCAGGUUUGGCUGGUCAAAGAGGCGAUAAAGAAAACCUAGCUAGCCAAGUGCCAAGGCCCCACAUUCUGGUGAUGUCACUUCCUGUUGAGGGUCACAGUAAUUUGAAAUCCCGCAGAAAGCGGCAAGCUGAAACAGAUGGAGUUUGUACUGAAAAGUCUGACGGCUGCUGUGUGAGAAGCCUGUAUAUUGACUUUCGCAAAGACCUGGGCUGGAAGUGGAUACAUGAACCCUCUGGUUACUAUGCCAACUAUUGUACUGGCUCUUGUUCCUAUGUCUGGACUUCAGAAAAUAAGUACUCACAGGUACUUGCACUGUAUAGGCAUCAUAAUCCUGGUGCCUCAGCCCAACCUUGCUGUGUACCACAGGUUCUAGAUCCAUUGCCCAUCCUUUACUUUGUGGGGAGGCAACAUAAGGUAGAACGGUUGUCAAAUAUGAUUGUGAAGACCUGCAAGUGUUGCUGAGGGCAUAAUUUUUAUUUGGUCCUGAUGAUCAAGAGAAGAACAUUUAUAACCUGUAAUAUCUUGGGUGAGGGAAACAUUUGUGAAUAUUUAUUUGAGGAAAAUCUAGUUUCCUUCCUAUUAUGUGUCAAUUUGUCAUAUUUCACACUUUUUUUAAAACAGUUUUUAUACAUUUUUUACAUUUAUUAUGUAAAUAACAAUUUACAUAUGGUGUACAUGUUGUCAUAAAAGGGAUAUAGUCUUUUGUUUAUUUUUAUUUUUGUAUGUAUCGAUGCCAGUGAAUGUGUUAUUUAGCUGAUGUCUCUCAAAUUAUGACUAAGAGCACCAUCAUUAAUAAAUGCACUGUAAUUAUAGGUCAACAAAA